ACUUCCAGGCAAUCGGACUUUCGAGAAGACCCUUCCUUUGCACACAGAAUUUUUCAUCGAUGAAGAUGAAUACUUUUAUCAGAUAUUUGCAACACAACUUGUUAUUCUAUUUGUUUAUGGUUUAUUGAUAGUUUCUCUGAAUUAUUGCCAAUGCUCGGCUGUAAUAUUUAUUAUGGGUGAAAUUAGGUGUUUUCAGUAUGCAAUAUUAUACGGAAAAACAGUUUCAUGUACGAAACACAUUUAAUAAAUAUUGAACAUUUAAAUUUCAGAUACAAUUUUAAAAGAAUGAAAGAAGCAUACAACCGAAAAAUGGCGAUUAACGAAAAAAAUGCCAACACGUGGUUGUGCGAACAACUAAAAGAUUUAGUUCGUUGGCAUCAAAUGUAUAUCGAUUACUAUAAUCUUUUACAAGAAAAUAGUGACCCACUGAUGUUCGGUUUAUUAACUGGUUGUAGUUGUGUGGUAGUCUUGACCGGUACUUCGAUGGUAAUACUAAGUGAAACAGAUUUCACAGGAGCGGCAAAAAUGUUGUUUGGAUUUUGUACAACUUUGAGUGGUAUUAUUUUUAUUUGCAUUCCUAGUCAAUGUUUAAAAAUAGCUAGUGAAGAUUUUUACAUUACAUGGUACUUUUAAACGUAAGUCAAUUAAUUUUUUAAAACACAUUUUAUGGUAUAUUCUAUUUUAUUCAAGUUGCGGAAUGAAUGGUGAAAUUUAUUCACCAAAAAUACAGAAAAUGCUAUUAUUUAUAUUGAUGAAAUCAAUACAGCCUUUUG